AUGAAUGAGCGGAUUAAAUGCCUGGUCUACGCAUUCCUAUCCAUCACAACCGAUGUCUUGGACACACUUCUGUCCUGUGUUGUUUCGAACAGCAAGCCCCGUCUCAGUCUACAACAAUUUGACGUAGAUGAUCUGAGUGAUGAGGAGAUCUUGGAGCUCCGAAUGAAGGCGCCGAGACUUAAUUCAGACCAUGGACUCCUGAAGCUUACACCUAGCACAGUGGCCAAAGCAUCACAAGACAUGGAUGAAGAUAUGUCGGAUGCCUCAGAAGCCAAUGCCCUGAACCUAGUGUUUGCAAACACAAUGAUCCCUGUCCCACGAGUCCGCCGCGUCGUAAAGCGCAAAUGGGACUACCUCAUCGUCCAGGACUAUAUCAAGGGUCCAACUCUUGCUAACGCCUGGUCCAGCUAUUCGAUAUGGCAGAAAAUCAGUGUUGCAUUUACACUUCGCCGCUAUGUGCGCCAACUAAGACGAUUGAAGGCGUCUCCUUCUACCCCACCAGGUCCUAUCGGCGCUGAUGGUCCCCGCAUAUGUGAAUCACCGAUUUUUGGGCAGGUUCAGUCCCAUCGAGGACCUUUCGCUUCGUAUGCAGAACUGACAGCUUUCUUCAAUCAACGAGCGAAGAUGGCAUAUGACAAUAUUGAUCUUCCCGAGGACCACCCGUCGAGGAAACAGCGGUUUGAUGAUUCUGAGGCAUUGGUUUUUACGCACCAGGAUAUAAACCCUCGGAAUAUCAUUGUUGGUGAGGAUGGGAGACUAUGGAUCAUUGACUGGGCAUGGUCAGGGUAUUAUCCACCUUGGUUUGAGUAUGUUGCAAUGAAGAGGCAGUUAGAGAAUGAGGAGGUCAUUGGAUCAGACCACAAGUAUUGGGAUUUAUUAAUUCCUUUUGUUUGUGGGCCAUAUUUCGAGCAGGAUAAGUGGUUAUCCAAUAUGUCAAGAGGUCUGUACUACCGAUAG